UUCCCUCCUGUGGCAGUCAUGGCGCCACCCGUGAGGUACUGCAUUCCGGGCGAACGUCUGUGUAACUUGGAGGAGGGCAGCCCGGGCAGCGGCACUUACACGCGACACGGCUACAUCUUUUCGUCGCUUGCUGGCUGCCUGACGAAGAGCAGCGAGAACGGAGCGCUUCCUGUCAUUUCUGUGAUGAGAGAAACAGAAUCCCAAUUACUACCAGAUGUGGGGGCUAUUGUAACCUGUAAGGUCUCUAGCAUCAAUUCGCGCUUUGCCAAAGUGCACAUCCUAUAUGUGGGGUCCACGCCACUUAAGAACUCUUUUCGAGGAACUAUCCGCAAGGAAGAUGUCCGAGCUACUGAAAAAGACAAGGUUGAGAUUUAUAAGAGUUUCCGCCCAGGUGACAUUGUCCUAGCCAAAGUGAUCUCCCUGGGUGACGCACAGUCCAAUUACCUUCUGACCACUGCUGAAAAUGAGCUUGGGGUAGUGGUGGCCCACAGUGAAUCGGGACACAGAACGGAGCUGAGAGUUUGGUCACAGAGAGAAGAAUUAUUUUGCUGCUCGUCCUACCACCAUUACCCGCUACUGGGAAAAUGAACAGUUCAAAUGAAACAGAACUUAGAAGAAAAAAGGGUACAGCUGCAAUUACCUUUGUCCUGGGCUAGUCAUCAGCAAACCACCACAGACCCAUACAGUUCUUCCUGCCAAACACAGAGAAAAUGGCCUCCUUUCCCAGCUCUUUCCCUUUCCCAGCCUCUCCUAAAUGUAAGUCACACCAAGCCAUCUCAAAGCAGACACACAGCCAGCAGGAUUACAUUUCCUACACUUUCCAAACCUUUGCUUCAAUUCAAAAGGAUCUACGGUGAAGGCAAGAAGCUAGAAAAGAGUAACCUGAGGCCAAAUACCUGUUCCACAUCAGGCAUCAAUGACCCUUUCAAAUGGCUGCUUCAACGUCCAGAGGUUAGAAGAGCGCAGGGCAAGAUCUGCCCUAAUUACAUCAGUGGAAGCACCUCCUCAGUACAGAGGGAUUCUCUGAGUUGCUGGCAGCUGAGAAUGCUUCCUUAUAAAAAGCAUUCCAAAACCACAAAGAGCUGUUCGCCGCAGGGGGCAAGCCUGGGUAGGCGAGUUUAUCUCACUGCCACUUCCACCUUUGCCCAGCGUCUACCUGUUACUCAACCCAGAAUUGGAGCGAGCGGGAUGGACUAGGAAUAAGGAGAUACGACCUUGAACAAGUCAUCUAUGCAAUCCUCACUUUUCCCAGCUAUAGAAGAGGGCCAGGGAGGGAAAGUAAGGAAGGGGAUAAUAAUCUACUUCAUGGAAUCGUGCAGAGGACAACUCAAAUUAUUCAUUCAUUCACUCAUUCAUUCACUCAAUUACAUUUGUGGAUGCAUUCGGGGCACAAGAUUCGUGGGAUGCUGCUGAACAGCAAAGGCCUACAUAAGCACGUGGGUUUCGUGAGGCCUGUUGUCCGCCCAGCGCCGCGUUACUCCCCCACAGCCGGGGACAAGCGUGUGGUCUGACGCUUCACGAGGAUCCGCAGCAGCCUCUUGAAAAGGCUUGGUUACAGCUCCCGGAAGACACCGGCCAUCCAAUUUAAUAACCCGUCCCCGAGUUACUGAAUGCUCAGAUUAGUAAAUGGGAGAAUUUCGCCAAGGCGGUGUCGUGGAGAAUGCAGUGGGUUGCAGGGCGACCGCCCCCAGUCCUCUUCCCGGCGUGGCCCAUCACACCACUGGGUGACCUUGAGCAAGUCGACAGCCCCCCCCCACCCCGCACACACACCCUGAAACCAUUUUGCCAACCGCAAAAUAAACUGCAGGAGAGCUGAAGCCCAAGGUCAGCCCUCUCCGCGAGGGUACGGGGGCGAGCCAGGCGGCCCUCAACCAGGGGCGCCCGCCCGAGCCUCCGCAGCCCCCACCCACAGCCCGCCCCGGCCCGUUCCUCACCUCG